CUCAGUUUUCCGACGGAGUUAUGCCUUCGCAAGCAUUUGGGAAAUAUCCACAAAAACCCAGUGUUUGCGUGCGAUUCGUGCGAAUGGAGGGGUUGUGACCAGAGGUCCCGCAACACUCACAUUCUAAAGCAGCAUAAGAAUCUGGAGAAUAACCAGAAUUUAGGGUCCACCCCAACCACCACCACCACCACCACCACCACUACUACUACUAGCACUGCCAUCGUUAAGACUAAACAAUCGCCUCAAAAGGUCAAGAAAUGUGGGGUCAAAGGACUAGAAGUGCAUUCAAUGAAGAAACACCGGAAGAAACAACGGCGCCUGCCUGUUGACAAACCCGUACCAAAACCUACGAAAUGCAAUGUAAUGGCGCCGAUAGAGCAAUAUAAGGAGUCGCCCACAGACUACCGGUGCCACGACUGUGGCAUUAGUUGUUCCACUGAGUUAUGUCUGCGUAAACAUUUGGGUGACAUUCAUAAGAUAGCAGCCUUUCAGUGCGAACAGUGCGAGUGGACGGGCUAUUCAAAGAGCCAACGCAAGGGACACAUGAGAAAGUUCCACAACUAUCCGAUGCUUAAACUCCCUGAACAGACUACCGGUGCCACUGAUCCGGACACAAAUAUGUCGUUUAUGGACACGAAUGCGACGGACACACCGUUUUAUGGCGACAAUUCCAGUAUGGGAAUGGCGUUAGCGGAAUGGUAUCAGAAUUUAGCACAAACUCCGUUCAACACAAACACAGUUAAUAUAAAACAAGAGCCAAACAAUGAGGAGUUCAUUGGGUUUGACAUGAAUUUCGAUGGCAUCGACACUCAAAACAGUUCCCAAUUGGAAAACCAGCCGACGUUUAACUUUAUGACCGCUUAUAAUGAGUUAUUAAGUGCGAAUACUAUGGGCACCGGUAGUGCAAUGCCGUUAUUUCCCAUAUUUAGUGGACAGGCAGCACGUCCCACACCCAAGAGUUAUUCCCUGGGCUUUGACUGCACUCUCUGUUAUAAGAGCUUCCAUACGAAAGCCAGACUACGGCUACACAUUAGUAAAGACCAUAACCUUCCGGGUUAUGAAUGCGAACACUGCGAGUGGAAAGGGAUUAGUAUAAUGGCGCUAAAUAAGCAUAAAUUAAUUCAUACUUAGGGCUC